AGGGCUGCCUUUCUCCCAGCUUCCAAGACCAGUGUCUCCAUGUGCAUCGCCUUGGGCCUGAGUGGAGCUUUUUUUUCUUCUGGAAACUCCCUAGGCUGAAUCAUGGAAAUCAGAGACGACGCCCCCACCCCCUGCCCCCCGCUUGCUCAGCCUCAGCUCCGCUCAGCCACCAGAGCCUGUGGUCUGUUCUCUUCGCCACCACUGGCUUGCCCACCAUCCGUCUGUCUGUCCAUCUCACCUCCCUUGGAGGCCAGGAAGACCAGCCACCAACGUGGGUGGAGGGGCGUGAAGAGGAUGUAACAGGGAUGUCAGGAGUGCACAGGGGAGUGUGGGGAAGAGUGUGAAGAGCUGGAGUGUGCAAGUCGGCAGUGUUGGCCCGCCCAGACGAUGGCGGAAUGGUGUGCCCUGCUGGGCCAGUGGCUCGGGCUCCUCAAGGCCCCACCAGAAUGCACCCUCCUCCAGGAAGCCUUCCCUCAAGCAGGAAGGACGGCUGGAAGUUUGUUCUAGCCAGCAAAGGAGCAAGAGAGGGACAGCGCCUUGCUCAGACUCUGGCCUUGGCAGCGGUGGUGGUGUGGCCCGACUCUAGUGAAGACCCUUCCCGUGCACACCUAACCAUGAGCCUGCCCUGAGCAGCAGGGCCCACCAGGCAUCUGUGCUGUGGGCAGCCGGGCCGGUGCUCGUCUGUGGACGCCCCGCGGUUGGCAGCCCCCCCCCCCCCCCCCCCCCCGCCGGGGGCCUUGGGCCCUUGGCCCCACCAUGUCGAGCCUCGGCAGUAGCCCCCAGGACAGCGGUGGCAGUAGCAGCAGCAACAGCGGCGGCGGCCCCAAGGCGGGAGUGGCCGACAAGAGCGCGGCGGUGGCCACGGCCGCGCCAGCCUCGGUGGCGGAUGAUGCUCCGCCCCCCGAGCGUCGGAACAAGAGCGGCAUCAUCAGCGAACCCCUCAACAAGAGCCUGCGCCGCUCCCGCCCUCUCUCCCACUACUCUUCCUUCGGGGGCGGGGGCGGGGGCGGCGGCAGCAUGAUGGGCGGCGAGUCUGCUGAAAAGGCUGCCGCUGCCGCAGCUGCCGCCUCCCUGUUGGCCAAUGGGCACGACCUGGCGGCGGCCAUGGCCGUGGACAAAAGCAACCCUACCUCAAAGCACAAAAGUGGUGCUGUGGCCAGCCUGCUGAGCAAGGCGGAACGGGCCACGGAGCUGGCAGCCGAGGGACAGCUGACGCUGCAGCAGUUCGCGCAGUCCACGGAGAUGCUGAAGCGCGUGGUGCAGGAGCACCUGCCGCUGAUGAGCGAGGCGGGCGCCGGCCUGCCUGACAUGGAGGCCGUGGCGGGCGCCGAGGCCCUCAACGGCCAGUCCGACUUCCCCUACCUGGGCGCCUUCCCCAUCAACCCGGGCCUCUUCAUCAUGACCCCGGCGGGCGUGUUCCUGGCCGAGAGCGCGCUGCACAUGGCCGGCCUGGCCGAGUACCCCAUGCAGGGAGAGCUGGCCUCGGCCAUCAGCUCGGGCAAGAAGAAGCGGAAACGCUGCGGCAUGUGCGCGCCCUGCCGGCGGCGCAUCAACUGCGAGCAGUGCAGCAGUUGUAGGAACCGAAAGACUGGCCAUCAGAUUUGCAAAUUCAGAAAAUGUGAGGAACUCAAAAAGAAGCCUUCCGCUGCUCUGGAGAAGGUGAUGCUUCCGACGGGAGCCGCCUUCCGGUGGUUUCAGUGACGGCGGCGGGAACCCAAAGCUUGCCCUCUCCGUGCAAUGUCACUGCUCGUGUGGUCUCCGGCAAGGGAUUCGGGCGAAGACAAACGGAUGCACCCGUCUUUAGAACCAAAAAUAUUCUCUCACAGAUUUCAUUCCUGUUUUUAUAUAUAUAUUUUUUGUUGUCGUUUUAACAUCUCCACGUCCCUAGUAUAAAAAGAAAAAGGAAAAAAAAAUUUUAACUGCUUUUUCGGAAGAACAACAACAACAACAAAAAAAGAGGUAGAGACGAAUCUAUAAAGUACCGAGACUUCCUGGGCAAAGAAUGGACAAUCAGUUUCCUUCCUGUUGUCGAUGUCGAUGUUGUCUGUGCAGGAGAUGCAGUUUUUGUGUAGAGAAUGUAAAUUUUCUGUAACCUUUUGAAAUCUAGUUACUAAUAAGCACUACUGUAAUUUAGCACAGUUUAACUCCACCCUCAUUUAAACUUCCUUUGAUUCUUUCCGACCAUGAAAUAGUGCAUAGUUUGCCUGGAGAAUCCACUCACGUUUAUAAAGAGAAUGUUGAUGGCGCCGCAGCGAAGCCCUUCUGUACCCAUCCACGCGGGCCGAGCUGCGGCCAGGAGCUCACAGAGGGGGAGGGAGCAGCCCCCCCACCCCUGCGCCCGGGCCGCCCACGCUGCACUCGCGGUCCCCAGAAUGGGAUCCCCCACCCCGACAACGAUGAUUUUGCGAAAAUGAAAGUUCUGUUCCUUUAUCCAUUGAGAUCUGGGGAGCCCAUGUCUCGAUAUUUCCGAUCCUGGCUACUUCCCUUAGAGAAAAUAAGUCCUUUUUUUCUGGCCUUGCUCAUGGCCACAGAAGAAAGGGCUUCUUUGCGUGGCCCCCUGCCGGUGGGUGUGGGUGCCCCGGCGGGGGGGGGCCCUGCGGCCUGGGCCCCCUUGCCCACGGCCAGCUUCCUGCUGAUGAACAUGCUGUUUGUAUUGUUUUAGGAAACCAGGCUGUUUUGUGAAUAAAACGAAUGCAUGUUUGUGUCA